AUGGUGCCCGUCGACAAAUAUCCAAAGUACAACUUCGUCGGUCGCAUCCUUGGACCACGUGGCAUGACUGCUAGACAACUCGAAGAGGAAACUGGCUGCAAGAUUAUGGUGAGGGGUCGAGGAAAUCAUGGACCAACAGAGCCCCUGCACAUCAUCGUUCAAUGUGAGGACAUCGAGAGCCUUGUCGAGGAGAAGAUGAGAAAUGCCAUCGAGAAGAUCAACGUUUUGUUGCAUCCCCUGUAUCCCGAGGGUAAGGAUGAACUGAAGCGAAAGCAACUUGUUGAACUUUCGAUCAUCAAUGGAACUUAUCGUCCAACUGCAGCAACGAAAAAUGCUUUGCAAACUCCACGUCCUCAUGUUUUGCCAUCUGGUGGAAUCAUCUCGCCUCAAGCCUUAGCCUUCACUCCACGCGAUAAGCCAACUAAGAUGUCUAUGGAGAAAAAGAAAGUCAACGACAUUCUUCACCAGAAUCAACUGAUGUCGAUGAUGGCGCUCUUUCAACCAACAACCACUCGUCAGGAGUCGAAUGUGAUGCUCAGACAAUUGCUGGAUUUGCAAUCCCCUCUCUCACCGGUGGAUUAUGCAAGCCCACUCAUUGCAGCUAUGUCGUCGACUCGCGCAUCACCUCCAAUUCCACAGGGUAACACUGAGCAUUUCAUGCAGGCUAUCUCAAUGUUGCACUCGCUGCCCUUUGCCAAGGAUCAC